GGACAGACGUGUGCUUCAGCCUGCCCAGGUCUGUGACAUUUUGAAGGGUGUAAUUUUGGUAGUCUGCUAUUUCAUGAUGCAUUAUGUCGACUACUCCAUGAUGUACCACCUGAUAAGGGGGCAGUCUGUCAUCAAGCUCUAUAUCAUCUACAACAUGCUGGAGGUUGCUGAUCGUCUGUUUUCAUCAUUUGGACAAGACAUAUUAGAUGCUCUCUACUGGACAGCAACAGAGCCUAAAGAAAGAAAAAGAGCCCACAUUGGAGUAAUACCACACUUUUUCAUGGCCGUUCUCUAUGUCUUUUUGCAUGCAAUUCUUAUAAUGGUUCAGGCAACAACUCUCAAUGUAGCUUUUAACUCACACAACAAGUCAUUGCUUACUAUCAUGAUGUCUAAUAAUUUUGUUGAAAUUAAAGGAAGUGUUUUCAAGAAGUUUGAAAAGAACAAUCUCUUUCAAAUGUCAAAUAGCGUGUGUUUAAGAAACAUGGAACAGUUUUCUUGGAAUCCAGAUCAUUUCUGGGUACUAUUUCCGGAUGUCUGUAUGGUGAUUGCAUCAGAAAUUGCUGUGGAUAUUGUAAAACAUGCCUUUAUCACCAAGUUCAAUGACAUUACUGCAGAUGUCUACAGUGAAUAUAGAGCCAGCCUUGCUUUUGACCUUGUUAGCAGUCGACAGAAGAAUGCAUACACUGAUUACAGUGACUCAGUGGCACGAAGGAUGGGAUUUAUUCCUCUCCCUCUAGCUGUCUUACUCAUCAGAGUUGUAACAAGCUCAAUUAAAGUACAAGGAAUCCUGUCUUACGCCUGUGUCAUACUCUUCUAUUUUGGGCUGAUUACCCUGAAAAUACUUAAUAGCAUCGUGCUGUUGGGGAAAUCAUGCCAAUAUGUAAAGGAUGCCAAAAUGGAAGAAAAGCUGUUUAAUCCUCCCCCUGCCAGCAUGCCAGGAAAACCAGGCAGUAAAUCACAAAACAAAUGUAAAUCCUCUCAAGGCCUUUCCACGGAAGAAAACCUGUCUGCUUCGGUCACCAGCCAGCCUGUUCAUCAAAAGGAAAGUGUCAUACCUUUACUUGUGACCAGCAAUUCUGAUCAAUUUUUGACAACUCCAGAUGGUGAUGAGAAGGACAUAACACAAGAAAAUUCUGAAUUAAAACACAGAUCCUCAAAGAAAGACUUGUUAGAGAUAGACAGAUUCACAAUUUGCGGAAACCGAAUCGACUGAAUUCUGUGGCUCGUGUGCUGCCGUGCUGGGCCCUGGAGCAGGUGCUGUGCAGCCAGGACACACAUGCCAAAUGGCACUUCAAUAUUUAUUUAAAAACUUAAAUUAUUAAUGGCAAGCAAAUCUUAGUAUCUUUCUUCUGAUAAUGUGGUCUGGCUGAAGGUCAGAUCGUGGAACAGCAGCGGCUUUCACCCUUGACUCCAGGAAACUUAAUGGAUGACCAACACUUCUCUGCCUGGCGAAGCAGCAGCAGCAGCAGCAGCUCUUCUAGGACCAGGCAGAGCAGGGGCCCAGUCUCUUUUGCUUUGUCAGCCUGGGCUUCCAGAAUAUUGAGUUUUGCCUCAAGGCCCCUUCAGUAUAUGGAUAUACCUGGGAAACUGUGAAGCUUUCCAGUCUCAUACUAUUUUUACAAACAGUUUUCAAACUUCAUCUGCCAAAGCAUUCAAAAAUUAUUAAACAUAAGUCAGGAUAAAUGCCCUUACCACCAGAGUAAACCUCAAUGAUAUAUCUGAGCUAAUCAGUCAGAAUAAAAGGCUACCUUAAUUACGGUGUGAUGAAUAGUAGCAUUUUAUAGAAAAUAAAAAACAAGCCCUAAGCCAGUUCAUUUAUUUAAAAGAAAAAAAAUUAAUGAAGGUAUACACUAUUGAGAAAGUAUAUCAUAAUUUUUCAGUUUACUCUUUAAAACAAAAUGUGAGCUAUGUGCUAUUUAAUUGCAGUGGAUAAAAUAGGAAGUUUUCUUACAAAAAGGCACUUUUUUUACUGAAAAAGCAGUGUUAACUUUAACGUAUAGUUAACUGGUUUUGCUUCAAAACUAAUUGCCUCAACAGUUGUUCCAGCUAAAAGAAGUUGAUGAAUAGGCUGAAAAAUUGUCAGUGUACAAAAUUCAAAACUGUUGACAUAAACUGGAUUUUUUAAGCAACAGUUUUAUGGUCAAUAUUCCACAUAGAUUGGGCCACCUCAUCUCACUUGGCUGAUACAGUGCAUCCGUCGUCCUCUCUGGAGCAUCAGAAUUGCGCCUGUGCCAGGCGGGGUCUGUGAUCUGUGGGCAGGCUGUUCCGUGGUGAGAGAGGACCUUGUGUGAAAGAAAAUGGGGAAGUUUGGGACAUGCAGACGCCAGUCUGGGCACAGGGAGGCAUUUGACUGGAUGUUCGGAACAGCAACCAAAAAGUGCUUUUUGGUUUAUUCGAAGUCAAGAUUCCAUUUCUGCUCUAUCCCUAGUUGGUAGCCUGCAUCAUAGGACAGAUGAUUUCCAUCCCAUUUUGUCUUGAGACUUCUUUCUACAUUUCUAUAAAAAUUUGACCACUUCUGACUUCAGAAUCAUGCAGAAGAUGGUACUGUCAACCUUAUUUCCUUUGACAUUUCAAUUUUUAAAUUAAGCUUUCAGGCAAAUGUUUCAGGCAUAUUUACACAGAAGGCAAGUGCUAGGUGAUUUGUCUGUACCCUGGGUAAAAUAUAAAGCAGACUUUAAUGCUUUGGCUUGUUCAUUUGAAAUACAAAAAUGGUUUUAAUUUUUGUACUAACUAAAGAAAUCUGAAUGUUGAUGUUGAAGAUACUGUACAGACAUGCCUUGUGAAGCCAGGAACUAUUUUUAAGUUAAAAUGAACAUUUUAAUUAUUUUGCUAUGUCUCAGUGGGGCCCCUUUUUAAAUCUGUUUUUUUUCUAUCUCCUUUUCUCCAAAAAAGGAACAAUGUUAUGGUGAAGAGGAAGAGUCUGGAGAAGGUGUUGCCAAACAACCCUGACCAGAGCAAGACCAUGGUUGGGGUGCACCUUUCAGUUCCACUUCAGUUUUCUGUUACUGUGCUGUCGCUUUCAUUUCUUUUGCAGAGGCUGUUGGGAGUGUCGGAUGACACUCAUUUCUUCUGUCACAGUGGCACUCAGUACUGAUUUUAUAAGUGCAUCUUGUGUGAAACUCAAUAAAUUCAAUUUUGUAAUCUUUUUUUAAAAAGGUCAUUGAAUUUAUUUUAGUAAUAUUUUCUGUUGUAUUUGGUGGAUUGUGUUUCCUACACCAUAAUAAGAAUUUAUUUCUAAUUUACAAAUGAUGGGAUCAUCUUAAUUUCAAUUACUUUUUUGUUCUACAUAGUGGACCCAGGUUGUAUUUUGUCUUUGAAAGAAUGGCCUGGACCUUGAUCAUACACCAUGAAGGCAUUUGCACUUUACAGGUGUCUUGAAUGUCACAUGAUGUACUUUUCACACUGGGAACCAAAAUCUAGAUGGUGCUUUUUUGUUUGUUUUGUUUAAAUCUAGUUAAGGUAUACCAUAGGUCAACUUAGUAGCUUUUCCUUUUGAAUCAAAGUAAAAAUACUAAAUGCUAUUCACGAAUUCAUCCAGACUUGUAUGUGCACUUUAGACUUAUAUUCAUUAUACAUCAGCAUGAAAGAAACUUGCUAUGAAUUUAUCUGCCAGAAUUGCUGAGGAAAAAAGAAAAAAAGAAACCUGCAAUGACUAGCAACUGUUAACUCAGCAGAGAAGAGAAGCUCACAAAAUUAUUUUAAUCACUAAAUUUUUGUGUAUUUCAACUUCUGUAUUUGUUAAUCCCCUCCUGUGUCUCAGGAACUGUCUUGAGUAGGUGUCACCAAGGCCACUGGGAAAAGCCAGCAGCAACAAGUCUACUGGUCACAGGUUGUCCAGUGUCCAAAUAACCUCUUAGGCUUAUUUCUCUCCUAAAAUAAAAACACUUACCAUUUUUAUUUAAUGCUGAUUUUUUUUCCUAAUUAUAUUUGCUCAAAAUAAUUCUAUAGCUGUUCUGCAGUGUUUCUAAAGUAGAAAGAGACAAGAAAAUGCUUUUUUAUUAAAGACUGAGUUGUCCACCAGAAUCUGUUCUCGUGGACUAUACAACUGUAAGCAUAGUGUUGCAGCUAGGCACAUAGCCACUUUGAUAGGGACUACAUUUCCCAUCACUCUUGCUGUUGCAUGUGGCCUAGUGGCUAAUUCUCGCUGAGGGGGUAUAAGUUAAAGGAAUGUAUGCCAUUAAGACAGUAGGUCUGUCCCUUCCCACCAGCUGGAACUCAGAGAAGAUGGUGGCCUUGCUGGGCCAUACAGAUAAGUGCACAGCACCCUGAGUGGCCAAGCCAUGCAAGAGGAGGGACCUGGGUUCCUGGGUGCUCUGAAGAGCAGAGCUGCUGGUCAGCUUAGAAACCCAGGUUAUAUAUGAGAGGAACAUAGCUUAGAAAAUGCCUUUGGGCUAAGCCACUGUGUCUGCAGACUAGCCCCCAUUGGCAUACCAGGAAUCUGCAAAGCUCUUAGAGAAGAGAGGUGUUAGAACUAACUGUAAAACAUUGUUCUGAAGCUACUCCUUGUAGCUCCUGUUCACUGUAAGGAAAAGG